AUGAGUACUUCAAAGCAGAAAUUGAUGGGAUACAUGUUGUCUGCGCUUAAAUCGCGCGUGAGCCCCAUCGAUUACCCCCCUCCCGUGGCGGAGUUGUUCACCGAGGACCAUGUGUCGUCGGUUCGGUCACUUUACGAUCUGUCUCCUUGUUUUAAGCUCGGUUUCAUGGCUGCCAAUAACGCGAUUUUGGAGGCUGCAUCGGAGCAACCCUCCACUAACAAGCUCCAUGUAAUUGACUUCGAUAUUGGUUGGGAAGGACAGUACUACGAUCUCCUUGACGAUCUGUCCAUGCGUCAGGAGGGCAAUCAAUUCACCCUCAAAAUCACGGCGCUCGCAGACAGCUUCUACGGUGAGAAGAGGCUCAGGAUGCUUGGGGACCGACUGAGUUUACACGCGGCCCAGGUGAGAGUUAGGUUAGUAUUCAACAUCGUGAGCCAGAAGCUGAGCGAGUCGAGCCGCGACUCGCUGGGCUGCGAGCCAGACGAGGUGCUGGCGGUGAACUUGGCGUUCAAGCUGUACAGAAUGCCGGACGAGAGCGUGUCCGCGGAGAACACGCGCGACGAGCUCCUCCGGCGCGUGAAGGGGCUGGCGCCGCGGGUGGUGACGCUGGUGGAGCAGGAGAUGAACGGGAACACGGCGCCAUGCCCGAUGCGCGUGGAGGAGGCGCUGGCGUACUACGGGGCGCUGCUCGAGUCGAUCCAGUCUACAGUGCCGAGGACAAGUCGAAGCAAGAGAGGGCGGAGAAGGGGCUGA